AUGUCAUAUAAUGAUUUGUUUUCAAUACUUUCAGCUCUGUCAUGUGAUUAUACUAAGAAGCUAUUGCCCAAAGCAUGUACACAGGAUUACUUCCAGAACAAAAUAACACGAAGAUUUGGAUGUAAUAGCCUUUCAGAUCUAUAUCAAAACAAGUUCUGGGAAUGUAGAGGUGAUAGCACAGAAUAUGAAAUAUAUGAUUAUGUAAAUGAACAACUUGAAAAGCACAUUAGUUUUAUUUCUGAAAAUGAUCAAGAAUCCCAAACUUCCACUGAAAGAAUUCAGUCUAUGUCACACUCAUUUUCAGAAGUGGAGGAUUCUCUAGGAAAAAAUUCACAAGUGUUAAAGCAUAACUCAAUUCUACACAUAAAUAUACAAACAUUACAAAAUGGCAUUUGGGUGAAUGAAUUAUGUUUCCUGAUGGAUAUAUCACAUAAUAUGAGAUUAAAUAGGGCUUCAAUACUGUAUGAACAAAUGAGAGUGUGGAAAAAAGAAAAAGAUACUGAAUGUCAUCAAGGUGAAAGAUAUUUUCCUCACAAUUUAUGGCAGUUCCCUCAAAAUCUACUCAGAGAAAAGUUCAAUGAUGUAGAUCAACAUAAGAAUGAGUUUAUGGAAGCAAUGAAACAUGGAAGAUAUGAUGUGGGAGGUAACUGUAAAAACUCCAAAACAAUAAAUGAUAUUAAUAUAGGUUAUGUUAAGAAUCUGUUUUUAAUAUAUUACCAAAGCAGUCAAUAUGGAGAGAUAUUAUACCAAGGUAGUGUCUUAUUACAUGAUUCUACUUGUAAAACAAAUCCAAGUGAAAAUCAGAUAAGCGGAUACAUUCCAGAACAUCAUUAUAGGAAACAUAGAAAAAUGGCUAUCUCUAAUCACUGUUCCCAGUCUUCUUUGCAACAGCAAACCAUAGAGAAACUUUAUAUAAAUGAAAAGAAGAAUGUCAUUUUAAGUGAAUGUUUAAUUCAUAGCUGGUAUACUGGAACAUGUUUUAAUGGAGAGUCCAAGAGAUACAUGUGUGAUACAUACAGGGAUGCCUCAAACGAAUCAUUAAACUUUCAGAGAGACCAGAAAGCAUAUAAAUGUAGUACAUAUGGAAAAUCCUUUAUCCCGUACUCAAAUCUUCAAUCUUACUACAGAACUCGUACCCAAGAGAUACCUUACAAACAUAAUGAAUGUGGAAAAUUCUUAACUGGUUCCUCAAGUCUUAAAGUUUGUCAUAAAAUCUUUACUGGAGAAAGACUUCAUAUAUCUAAUAAGUGUGGAAAAUCUUUUACACAGUCCACAAAACUUCAAGUUAAUCAAAGAAUCCAUAUAGGAGAGAAGCCUUACAAAUGUAAUGAAUGUGGGAAAUAUUUUACCAGAUCUUCAAAUCUUCUAGUUCACAACAGAAUCCAUAAAGGAGAGAAUCCUUACAAAUACUACAGAAUCCAUACAGGAGAGAAGCCGUACAAAUGUAAUGAAUGUGGCAAAUCUUUUACACGGAACACAGACCUUAAAGUUCACUACAGAAUCCAUACAGGAGAGAAACCUUACAAAUGUAAUGAAUGUGGCAAAUCUUUUACACAAUCUUCAAAUCUUAAAAUUCACUACAGAAUCCAUACAGGAGAGAAACCUUACAAAUGUAAUGAAUGUGACAAAUCUUUUACACAGAACUCAAAACUUCAGGUUCACUACAGAAUCCACAGAAGAAAGAAGCCUAAAAAUGAAUGUGGCAAAUUUUUUACAUGGAACACAGAGCUUAAAGUUCACCAAAGAAUCCAUACAGGAGAGAAACCUUACAAAUGCAAUGAAUUUGGCAAAUCCUUUACACAAUCCUCAAAACUUAAAGUUCACUGCGUAAUCCAUAUGGGAGAGAAACCUCACAAAUGUAAUGAGUUUAUCCAGAACUCAGAUCUUAAAGUUCAUCAAAGAAUCCAUACAGUGAGCAAACCUCAUAAAUGUAAGGAAUGUGGCAAAUACUUUACAUAACACUCAGAUCUUAAAUCUCACCACAGAAUCCAUAUUGGAGAGAAACCUUACAAAGGAAAUGAAUGUGGCAUAUCAUUUACUAACUCCACAAGUCUUCAUGUUCACUACAGAAACCACAAAAGAUAA